AUGUGAAAAAAUCGUAAAAAUUUAAGAAAUUAUUACAAUACCGAAUUUUAUGCAAUACAACAAAAAGGUUUUUUAAACAAUAGGAUCGAAAUAUUUUCGUUCAUUCCUACUCAGAUAUUAUAUGCUAAAAUAUAAACGCUUAUAAUUAUUAUUAUGGCAUCAACUAUUGUAACAUGUUUCUUACGAAGGAAUUUUAUAAUAAAAACAUUCGCCCUUAAUAAUAAAACGGUCCUGAAAUCGUUUCCUCGUGGUUUCACGUUUGACAAAAAAGUUAAUUUAGUGCUAAGUCGAAAUAUAAAUUACCCCGUAGUAUGUAAUGAAACUUGGAAACGUUUUUACGCGAUUCAAGCUGCCGAAGGCAAAAAUAGUGAUUUCUGCAUUGAUAACAAGGUUACAAUAAUUGGAAAAGAUGUACCAGCCCCUAUUACUGAUAUUGAAAAGAGUGAAUUUCCAGAUUAUGUAAAAGAAUACUUGAAAAGUCAAGGAUUUUCCGAACCCACAAUUAUUCAGGCCCAAGGAUGGCCUGUAGCUCUAUCUGGCCAAAACUUUGUUGGCAUAGCACAAACAGGAACAGGAAAAACUCUGGCAUACCUCAUCCCUGCCCUAAUACAUCUAAAAACAACAGUCGGAAGAAAAGGAAGAGGACCCAGAGUGCUCAUAUUGGCCCCGACUAGAGAGCUAGCUAGACAAAUUGAAGAAGUUGCUAAAGAUUUUGAGAAAAAGAUGAGUGUUCGUUGCUUAUGCAUUUAUGGUGGUGUAAGCAGAACACCGCAGGCUGAGAAGCUGCAAGCGGGUGUCGAUAUAUUAAUAGCGACUCCUGGAAGACUUAAUGAUUUUAUUGACAGUAGAAUCACAAACUUAAGUCGUUGCUCAUAUGUUGUGUUGGAUGAAGCCGAUAGAAUGUUAGACAUGGGAUUUGAACCUCAAAUAAGAAAGGCAUUAGAGGGAGUUCCCUACGAGAGACAGAUUCUUAUGUUCUCAGCAACCUGGCCUAAAGAAGUUCAACACUUAGCUGAAGACUAUCUCAGAGAAUAUGUGCAAGUAAAUGUUGGCUCCACCGAGUUGUCUGCAAAUCAUAACAUCCAGCAACAUAUCUAUGUCUGUGAUCAAACGGAAAAAAUGGAAAAAUUCAAAUCUAUUAUGCACGAUGUAUGUGGCAGCAGUGCUGGAAAAAUUCUAGUUUUCACAAAUACUAAAAGAUUUGUAGAUACACUAACAUUAACGCUGAAAAGGAAUGGGUGGCGAGCUGAUGGUAUUCACGGAGACAAAUCACAGCUGCAAAGAGACAAUGUGAUAAAUAGAUUUAAACAGGGGCGCUCAAACAUACUUGUUGCUACAGAUGUGGCUGCCCGAGGACUAGAUGUCGAUGGAGUUACACAUGUAAUUAACUAUGAUUUUCCAAAUACAUCCGAGGACUACAUCCAUCGUAUCGGCAGAACUGGUCGGCAACAGAACAAGGGUGAAUCACACACACUGCUAACAGAGGAUGAUGGAAGACAAGCUAAAAGUCUAAUUGAAGUGCUGAAAGAAGCUAAACAGGAAAUACCACAAGAACUACUAGAAUUAGCCAGAUCCUAUAAUCAAGACAAAAUGUUGGAGAGACAAACAAAACAAAAGUUUCAUUCCAACAACAAAUAUAACAAGAGAAGUUGGAACCCGAAUCAAAGAUUCAAUCGGUUUAGAGACAACAGAUACUAGUACAAUGUCUAGACAAAAUAUAAAUUAGUUACAGGCAUUAGCCAAUAUGUUAGCUGUUUACUUUAUAAGGGGCCUGUUAUUAUCUUUGAAUAAGAUAA